AUGAGGAGGGGAGCUAAGAGGAAGGCGAGCCAGAAGGAGGCAGAGAACCACAAAGAAUCGAGCAAAGCCGCCAACAACAGCAAAGCCACAAGGACUCGGACGACGAAGAGGGUUAAGGCGUCCGAGCCCCAAUCGGAGCCCCAAUACUUGGAGGACCCUCGGAACCUCGAAGAUCUAUGGAAGGCUGCAUUUCCUGUUGGGACUGAGUGGGAUCAAUUGGACUCCGUUUACCAAUUCAAGUGGGAUUUCUCCAAUCUCGAACAAGCUUUUGAAGAAGGGGGGAAGCUCUAUGACCUUGGCAAGAACAAAGUCUAUCUCUUCGGUUGUACUGAGCCUCAAUUGGUGUCUGUGAAUGGUGAAAACAAAGUUGUUUGCAUUCCUGUUGUGGUCGCUGUUGUAUCACCUUUCCCCCCUUCGGAUAAGAUUGGGAUUAAUUCAGUUCAGAGAGAAGCUGAAGAAAUAAUUCCCAUGAAACAAAUGAAAAUGGACUGGAUUCCGUAUAUUCCUCUGGAGAAUAGAGACAGCCAAGUAGAUAGACUUAAAUCUCAAAUAUUUAUUUUGGGCUGCACUCAGAGAAGGGCUGCUUUGAAACACAUGAAGAUAGAUCGUCUCAAGAAAUUUGAGUACUGUUUGCCUUAUUUCUAUCAGCCUUUUAAGGAAGAUGAGCUUGAGCAAAGCACUGAGGUCCCAAUAAUGUUUCCAGGAGAGCCAAAGCCGGUUUACUGUGAAUUUGAUUGGGAGUUGGAUGAAUUGGAGGAGUUCACUGAUAAAUUGAUAGAAGAGGAGGAAUUAUCUGCAGACCAGAAGGAUGCAUUCAAGGAGUUUCUCAAGGAGAAAGUACGUGAACAAAAGAAAAAUAACCGGGAGGCAAGGGAAGCCCGAAGAAAAGCCAUUGAAGAAAUGAGUGAGGAAGCUAAAGCAGCAUUUGAAAAUAUGAGGUUUUACAAGUUCUACCCUGUACAGACACCAGAUACUCCUGAUAUAUCAAAUGUUAAGGUGGUCAUGUUGCUUUACUUAGCAGUCCCAUCUGGUUUUCCAAAUGUCUUGGUCAUACUUAGUCCCUAG